UUAGAUGUAAAUUCUUAUGCAUUAUUCAUAUGAUCCUUGGGCCCUUAGGCUGCAAGAGACUAGACAGUUUAGAGAGAUCAGUAAUCACUAUUAAGGUGCAUACUAUUCCCUAGGAGACAAAAAGAAAGAAGUUUGCUAGCUUCAGAGUAUAGACUGCAUGAGAAAUUAUUACUAGACUGGAGAAUACUUAUUUGUGGAUGAAUUGGAUUGAGCUGAAUUGGAGUACUGAACACUGAUGGCUGUUUUGUGGAGAGUAGUGCUGUUACUGUGUCUGGUGACUACUGCCGUGGGGCAACAGGUAGAAGGACUGGGUCUAGACGAUGAGGAGGACCUACUCGAGUGGCACAACCUCAGGAGAAGCAGUGUGAUCCCUCCGGCCACUAACAUGCUCGAAAUGGUCUGGAAUGACACGCUUGCAUCGCUGGCUCAGAACUACUCUGAGACAUGCCCUCAGAACAGCACUGCCAGGAAUCCAUUACGUCACACCCUCGGCCCCGCUGUCGGAGAGAGCCUCUUGAUUGUGAGCACUGAUGAGCUGGACGAGGCUAGCUACAUGUACAGUCAGCUGCUACAGACGUACUGGGUGGAGUCUGUACUGGUGACGUGGCCAGAUAGCUGCACAGGGAACUAUUGUGAAGAGUACUUACAGGUGGUGUGGGCGGAGUCUCAGUACCUCGGCUGUGGAGUGACAGAGUGCAGUGAAAACGCGUCAGUCAUCGUUUGCAACUACAGUCCAGGUCCAAUGGAGCCCCUCAACUUGACCUCCUUGCCGGAUGACCGGCCGUACUCUAUGGGUGGAGACUGGUGUUCAGAUUGCCCCACCUAUGCACCAGACUGUCGGAAUGACACUCUCUGCUAUGCUGCCAAAGAUGUGCCAUCCUCAACCACCAUGACGACUACUAUCCAACCAUCUCUCUCAAUCGCCUCAAGCCCUGUACUACAGUACACCAUUACAGUCACUGUCACACAAAACGUAACUACCGGAGGCAGCUGUCCAUGUAAUGACCCUUGUUCCAGUGAAGCUAGAUUACCCAAUCUCUAUUCGAUUCUAAUCGGAGUGAUUCCUUCUAUAGCUGCAAUUGCUUUACUCUUCCUACUAUUCGUUGUAGUAGCUGCAAAUCGAAAGAGAAAGAAGCGAGCAAUAAAAAUGUGCAAUUGCCAAACACCUGAUCAAACCAGCGCCCCUGCAGGUUCAAGACGAAGAAUACAAGUAAGGGACUCUGGGUUUCCCCCUAAACAAGAAGCCGUCUGUACUUCACAGUUACACUAUCUUUCACCAGGCCACUCUCGAUCGACCUCUGAACCCAUUGAAGUGGACCGCCCCCUUUUACCCGACCCGCCCACCCCUCAUUUUGAAGACGACAACAACCCUGUGAGAGGAAACACAUUCAGUUUCGUGAUGCCGAGCUUGUCAUAUCCGGAGAGCCGUUUUAUUAAUAAAAGUUCGACUGAGGCUUCAAGCAAUCAGGGAUGGGAAGAAACGGGCAGAGUUCCGAUGAUAGGGUUGGAGUUGAUUCACGAGGAACAGGAGGAGAGCCAGGUGGGCGUGGAUCAAGGGGGUGUGGCUAGUAUAAUUGCAAAACUUGAGCGUGGGAAGGGAAAAAUCAUAACAACUGAAUGCUAGAUCUCUUAUUAGAACAAUGACAGUGAUUCAUUUCUACACUGUAUCAUCAUUAUUUCAUCAUCUCAUAAUAAAAUUGUUCUAUUAUAGUCUCAAACUUUGUUCUUAGUUUUAUACAGAGCUAUAAUUUACAAUACAAAUUGCUAAUUCGAAGGUGUUUGUUUGUGAAGUACUGCAUGCUUAGUUACGCUUCAUCCAUCCAUCCAUUCAAUGAAUAAGAGUAU